UUAAAUGACUUGUCCUGGUGCCAAAAGUUCGCAUUUUUAUAUUGAACGCCAACAAUUACGGGCUAGACGGACUUCGCGAAUCAAUUAUAGUAUCAGAAAAUUUCAAUUUACCCAACAAAUAGUGUCUUGUACGAACCAACUGAAAUCAUAUAAAAUCUUCAGUCUCAGUAAACACGCUUAACUACACUUAACCUGAAAAAAGCAAUCGCAGGAAGGAAGUGUCUUAAAAAUGGCAUUCUUAUUCGAUUCAGUAUUACUCAACAUUAUAGUAGUUUUCGCAUCAUUAUUUAUGAUGUUGUACCUUUAUUUCGUACGAAAUUUCAGCUUCUGGAAGAAGCACGGUAUCCCAUACGCGAAACCGUUACCGUUCGUGGGCAACCUUAAAGAAGCAAUUUUACAGACCAUGGAUAUCGGACACAACCUCAAGAAAAUCUACGACGCACACAAAGACAAGCCCUACGUUGGCUUCUUCUCGUUCGACCAUCCUUCCUUGCUCAUUAACGACCCGGAUCUUGUGAAGUGCAUACUGGUAAAGGAUGCUCACAAUUUUUUGAAUCGAGUACAAACCGCUGACGAAAAGGCAGAUCCUCUGACAGCCAAGGCUGUCUUUGCCCUUAAAGAUGCAAAAUGGAAACACAUAAGAUUAAGUAUGACGCCCAUUUUCACUACGGGGAAGUUGAAGAAGAUGUUAGACCUGGUAGACAGCUGCGCGAAGAAGCUGACUCUGUACCUGGACGAGAAGACGGCUGAUGGUUCGCCUCUGGAUGUAAAAGAUACGAUGGAUAGGUACACGAUUGAUGUCAUAUCUUCAUGCGCCUUUGGGAUCGAGAGUAACACAUUCACGAAUCCUGAGGCCGAAUUCAGAGUGUACUUGCGCAAAUUUGUCGAAUACACAGCUCUGAAGUCACUUGCUACAGUCCUGAUAUCGUUCGCGCCCAACUACCAGAGUUUCUUCAAGUUGCAGAUUUUGGAGGGCUGUAUUGUGGGCUUCCUGAGGAAGACUGUGUGGAGUACAGUGCAGUACAGAGAAAAGAACAACGUAGACCGCAAAGACUUCCUUGACGUGAUGAUGGAGUUGCGGAAAAAGGGACAAAAUACAGACAACGGGAAGGCUGGAGUCAAAUUUGAUGGAGACGAUUUCGUCGCUCAGUGUUACGCUUUUCUCCUGGCGGGUUUCGAGACAUCCGCUACCACGUUGGCUUUCGCACUUUAUGAAUUAUCUCUACAACCUGAUAUUCAACACACGCUGAGGGAAGAGAUUGCUCAGACGCUGAAGGAACACGACCAGCAAGUAACUUACGAAGGAAUCCAGAAGAUGCAAUACCUCGAUAUGGUGGUCUCUGAGACAUUGAGGAAGUAUCCCGUCGUCUCAUUUUUAGAACGGAAGUGUAUGAACGACUACAAACUUCCACCUUCACCUUAUAAUGAUAAUGCGAAGUUAGAAGGAGGAAUUGGAGUCUACAUUCCGGUUUACGGCAUUCAUCACGAUCCACAAUAUUACCCGGAACCAAAUAGAUUCGAUCCAGAGCGAUUUACUGAAGAGAACAUAAGGAAGAGACCUCAGUACACGCAUCUUCCUUUCGGAGCGGGGCCAAGGAUUUGUCUCGGAAUUCGAUUUGGACUGAUGCAGAUAAAGACAGGAUUGAUUAACAUCUUGUCGCAGUUCGAAGUGGCGCCUAGCAAAGGCACCCCUGUUCAGCUAAAACUAGAUCCCAAACCGUUUCUAAUGAAGUCACAGGGAGACAUACCUCUUAUAUUCAACAAAAUCUAGGCAAUGGGAUAAACGUAAACUACUAUCAGAAGCACUGGCUUUUGUUUGUAGAUUUUGCUGUAUCUUUGUUGCUAACCUCGUCUCGAAUGGAGAGGAAACCGCCGAUUAAGUUGGGCGCAGACCAAUGUAGCAAAGCUGCUUUUGGCAAAAGCGCUUUUGCUGCAACGUGCUGAAACAUGCUUUCGUAUUGUUAAAGAUGAUAUGAAAGGAGCAUUAGAUGGACUGUGUUAAACACGUAAGCAUGUUUCAGCAUUGGUCUGAGAAUAGGAUGCGUAGAAGAGUAUUUGGACGUAUUAGGCAAGAAGUGACAGGAGGUUGGAAAAAUAUGCAUAAUGAGGAGUUUAAUUGUUUGCGCUCCUUUGCAAAUAUUAUUAGAAUGAUUAAAUGGAGGAUGAUAUAAAAGGAGCAUUAGAUGGACUGUAUUAAACACGUAUAAAAUUUUGGUUGGGAAGCCCGAAGGGAAGGUACCACUCGGAAAGCCUAGGCGCAGAUGGGUUGAAAAAAUUAAAAUGGAGCGUAUGAAAAAUUGGAGUGUGGAAUGAUUCAUGUAGCUCAGGAUAGGCACUUGUAGAUACGGUAAUGAACAUUCCGGUUAUAUAAAAUACGUGGAAUUUUAUGACUAGCUUAACGUAGUUUUAGCUUCUCACGAAGGAUUGUGUUGUAUAGAGUUGGUAAAGACUGGUUUAAAUUAAAGGACACUUUGGUUGGACAAUACCCUACAGAAGUGUACUAUAGUGCAGCAUGUCCUCUUAUACACAAGAAGGAAAUCGCCCAUUUACGAACGGUUUUCCUACGUGCAUUUUUCAUAUGGAAACAUAGUAUUUUUUGUGAAACCCCUACCUUAUAUUCCUGUUCAUAAAAAUAUAUCACGUAAAUCAUAUUUUAACAUUCAAGUUUAUUCUAUAAGGAAAAAAUAUAUUCUCGUUAAUGGGAUAAAAGUUACAUAUCCAAAGUAGUGACUUACUGAAAUUACUUAUAUCGUCAUUAAUCUGUAUUUUUUUCGCCAGGGUUUCCCUAAAUUAAAUUGUAACACCUGUUGAGAUAAUAAAAGGAACUUUAUGAAAG